GUAACAAAUUUUUAGCCACUAAAGGUAAUAACCUCACGUAACAACGAGAAAGACAAAAAAUCCUUGGCCAGAAAUUUUCUUCAUCUAUAUGAAUGACUUACUAGCUAGUACUUAUUACUCUAGUGUUCACACAAACUCUAAAAUGAACAGACCAACAUUGUCGGACUCCGACAUUCUUCCCGGUAAAUCCACACAUUUCUCAGCCGAAUGUUGGUUCGACGACACAUGUAUCCUCGACAUGGACUACUUUGUCAAGACACUUUCCGGCAUAAAGGCCAAAGGUGUUCGUCCCGACCUUAUUGGCUCGAUUAUAACUCACUAUGCAUCUAAAUGGCUUCCGGACCUGUCUCCUGACGAAGGUUCACCAGUGUUAAUAGGCUCGAAAGAUUUUGAGGACUCACUGGAAAGCGUAACAGCGUUAUGGAUGAAGAAAAGGUUUUUUGUAGAAACAUUAGUCGGAAUUCUCCCACCUGAGAAAGAUUCAAUCCCUUGCAAUUUCCUCUUGCGGUUGCUUCGGAUCGCCAAUAUGGUUCGGGUCGAGCCUAGUUACCGGGUUGAAUUGGAGAAACGGAUAUCAUGGCAACUAGACCAGGCUACACUGAAGGAACUAAUGAUUCCAUCUUUUGUUCACACCUGUGGGACAUUAUUGGAUGUUGAACUUGUUCUUAGGUUGGUUGAGAGGUUUAUGAGUUUAGAUGAAGGUGUAAGAAGUGGAAGUGCUUUAAUUAAGGUUGCUAAGCUUGUGGAUAAUUACUUAGCUGAAGCUGCUGUUGAUGCGAAUUUGACGUUGUUGGAGUUUAUUGGUCUUGCUAGUGCACUUCCUGGCCAUGCUCGUUCUACAGAUGAUGGCUUGUACAGAGCCAUUGAUACCUACCUCAAAGCGCAUCCCGGGGUGACAAAACAAGAAAGAAAAACCCUAUGCAGAUUGAUCGACAGCAGAAAGCUAUCACCUGAAGCGUCCCUACAUGCAGCACAAAACGAACGUUUGCCAGUGCGAGCAGUAAUUCAAGUACUGUUAUCCGAACAAACAAAGCUUAACAACAAGCAGCAAAUUGAUUGGAGCGGUUCUUUUGUAAGCGGAACACGAAGCCCCAAUAAUCAGGGAUUUACUGAGCCUUCAGCUCGGUGUACGUCUAAGCGCGAAAUACAUAUCCAACAGAUGGAGAUAAAGAGGCUGAAAGAAGAUGUUUUGAGGUUACAGAGUCAGUGUAUGGCAAUGCAAGCGCAAAUUGAGAAGUUGUUGGACAAGAAACGAGGUGGCCGUUUUUUUAGCUGGAAGAAAAUUAUUGUGCCUUCCUUAGUGAAUAAGGCUGAUAAAUAUGGAGAAAUUGAUAGAGAAACUGAUGUGGGAUUUAUUGGAAGACAAACUCCUAUUGAUAUGAAGACUAGGCUUGUUCGAGGCAAAACUUCUAACAAGUGGAGGAAAUCUUUGUCCUGAAAAGAAAAUUUUGAGCGUUGAAUUUGGAAUAGGUGCAGGUUAUCAGUCAAUGUAAAAGUACUAGGAAUAAUUAAGAUUCAUAUAAGCUUAAUUAUUGUAAUAUCUUCCUAAAUUUGACUAGUACCUUAUAUUUCAUUUAAAGAUAUGUAUAUCUAAAUUUGCUCCUCUGUCAAUAGCGGAAAUAAUUCCA